UAACACUAAAGCAUUACAAACUUAAGAUAAAUUUUGGUCUUCUUUAAGAUGAGUUUCUUUAGAAUACUAAAUUAUGGUUUUACCCGACGGACUUCCAUGUCAAAAACAGAACACCCAACCAGAUCCGAUGGGAAUCCAAACUUAAGAAGUCGUGCUGCCUCAACACAUGACACCAUACGGGUCCCCAUUGCGGUGGUUCUUUCCGACAAGUAUAAUAAGGCUUUGGCUUUCACCCUAGAAGAACGCCAGCGAUUGUGCAUCCAUGGCUUAAUGCCAGCCUGCAUUCGGACUUAUGAAGAGCAGAUGCUGGGCAUCGAGACGAACUUUCACUCCUUCGAAACGAAUGUGCAGAGAUAUCGGUACCUGAGGGCCCUACGUCAGGGUUACGAAAGACUGUACUUCCAGUUUGUGUCCAAGAAUAUUAAGAUAGUGCUGCCCAUCAUCUACACGCCCACUGUGGGCUUGGCCUGCACCGUAUACGGAAUGUUGUACAGGGGAAUAUCCGGAAUACACAUCACCAAACAUGAUAAGGGGCACAUAAAGCAGGUGCUGUCCAACUGGCCCAUGGCGAGCACCGUGAAAGCCAUCUGUGUGACCGAUGGAGAACGCAUCCUGGGACUGGGAGAUCUGGGAGCCAAUGGCAUGGGCAUUUCGGUGGGAAAAAUGGAGCUCUACACGGCACUGGCCGGGAUUCCACCCAGCUUGCUGAUGCCCAUCUGCCUGGAUGUGGGCACCAACAACAAAAUGCUCCACGAGGAUCCCCUGUACAUUGGUCUACGCGAUGAGCGAUUGAAGGGCGAUGAGUAUAUAUGCUUCGUGGAUGAGUUCAUGGAGGCGGUGGUGGAGACCUUCGGCCAGCAGACCCUCAUCCACUUCGAGGACUUUGCCACGCCCAAUGCCUUCAUGUUUCUGAACAGGUAUAGGGACUGCUACUGCCAUUUUAACGAUGACAUCCAGGGAACUGCCGCUGUGGGCCUGGGAGGAUUGUUGGGCAUCCAGCGGGUAACCAAGAAGCCGCUGCAAGAGCACGUCAUCCUCUUUGCCGGCGCAGGAAGCGCUGUCAUGGGUAUUGUUUACCUGCUCAAAACGGAACUCGUCUCCCGAGGUCUCACCGAAGACGAGGCGGCCAGAAAUAUAUAUAUCUUCGAUCAAGAAGGUGCCUUGACCACCAGGAGAAAGAAUAUACCCGAAAAUCUGACAGUGUUCGCCAAGGAUAUGAAGAAAGUCAAGUCUUUGGAAAAGCUAGUAGAAACAAUCAAACCCUCAAUUAUCAUGGGUGCCACCUCGCAGGCUGGUCUUUUCUCGGAGAAAAUAAUACGAUCUAUGGCAGCUAAUCACGAGCGUCCCGGCAUCUUUGCCUUUUCCAAUCCAACAUCGAAAUCCGAGUGCACCGCGGAGCAGGCCUACCAGCACUCAGAUGGAAAGGCCAUAUUCUCGUCUGGUUCCCCUUUUCCGCCAGUAGAGUUCAAUGGCAAAAGACUCACUCCCGGCCAGGCCAACAACUGUUUUGCCUUCCCCGGCGUGGUUCUGGGCACAAUGACAGUUGUGGCCGAAAGAAUGCCUGAUGAAAUCUUUCUUUUGGCCGCCCACAUACUGUCAAAAUUUCCAACUGACGAGGAUGUAGCGGGAGGUCGUAUCUAUCCACUGGUGGAUCAGGCCAAGGAUGUGGCCUAUAAAAUUGGUGUUGAAGUGGCCAAGUAUCUGAUAGAUAAUGGGUUUGCCAAACGUUCUCUAGAAACAGAUGAAGUCGAGGAUUAUAUCCUUAAGAACUCCUAUGAACUGGAAUAUGGCAGUUCCUUGGCCGAGACUUGGAAAUAUCCCAAGAUGAAACCGCAUCCAAGUAUAGCGGCUUUUGAAAAGAAAACUCCCAAGAAAAAGUAG